CGCUGGCCCGCUGUUUUUGACAGUACUUUUUUUUCUCUCUCUCUUGUCUCUUGGGCACAGGAACUGAAGCUGCCCGUCUACAAGGCUCUCUCGCCGCAGAUCGCUUUGCGCCGCUAUUUUGCCGACCUCCUCGCCAUCCUCAGCAACCGUUACCAGCUGUGCCCCACGGCUCGCCACCUGGCGGUUUACCUGCUCGACCUCUUUAUGGACCACUAUGAUGUCGCCGUGAAACAGCUGUACGUCAUCGCUCUCUCCUGUCUUCUCCUGGCCAGCAAAUUUGAGGAGAAGGAGGACCGUGUGCCGAAGCUGGACCAGCUGAACAGCCUGGGCUUUAUGAGCAGCUUGCACUUAGUGCUGAACAGACAGGACCUGCUGCAGAUGGAGCUGCUGCUGCUGGAGACGUUCAGCUGGAACCUGUGUCUGCCCACAGCUGCCCACUUCAUUGACUACUACCUCUCCGUCUCUGUCCACGAGAACGACCUCCACAAUGGCUGGCCACUAGCCUCCAUCGCCAAAACCAAAGCCUUCCUGGAAAAAUACACCCACUACUUUCUGGAGGUUUCUCUCCAAGAUCAUAGCUUUCUGACUUUCCGUCCGUCGAUGGUAGCUGCUGCUUGCAUCACAGCCUCUCGUAUCUGUUUACACAUCAGCCCGUCCCUAACCUCUCAGCUGCAUCUGCUGACAGGAUACACCUGGGAGCACCUGACGCCCUGCAUUGAGCUCAUGCUGAUUGCCCACGACAACGACGUCAAGGAAGCCAACAAAACCAAAGGCCACCAGUCCUCACCACAGCUGCUAUUCCAGCCCCAGUACCAGCACAGCACCUCCCAGCUCGUCCAGUUCCACCCACCCACCCAGCCCCAGACUCCAGUCCAGCCCCAGGCCCAAACACAGACCCAGGCCCACACGCAGACCCAGGCCUACCGCAGCCACCUUCAGGGCCGCCGGCCCACUAUCCUCUCGGGAAGCUCCAGUCGCGGUUACACGAUCCAGGCCUGCCCGGGCCUGCAGUCCAGCCUCCAGCCCACAGUCAGGGCCUUGCCUGUUCAGGGACCCAUCGCCAUGCAGGUCGCCAUAACGACCGAGCCUAGACACUGCAUCACCGUGGCUUACGGACGUAACUUCCUGAGCGGACAUCACACCUACACAGCUGGCUGCUUUGAAAGAUGA